AUGAAUCAAGUUAGCGAACUACGGAGGUUUGAAACAUCAAUCGAUUACCAAUUGGAUAAGGAUAGGCUAGAGAAGUUCCUGCUUUUCCAUGAGGAAGAUGGGGAGCUUACCUAUGUCAAUAGGCUUAGAGAAUCCAAGGGGUGUGUUGAGAUUGAUAUGGAAGAUAUAGCGGUAUAUGACGAGAGUGGGCUUGUGAAUAGGAUUGAAGGAAAUGGAAUGUCUUAUAUAAAUCUUCUAUAUAUGGUGAUAGAUGAGAUUCUCCUUGAUAGUGGAGAGAUUGCUGUAGGAGAGGAGCCUGAGGAUGUCUUCUUUUACCAUAGAGUUUCAAGGCUCAAGGAAAGAUUCCCAGAGAAGAAGGCCACGGAUGUAUUUCCUUCAUUUUUGUUAAGAAGGUACUCAUUAGUGCUGAAGCCAAGAAGAAACACCAAAGUGUAUUCUGUCCGGGAACUGAGAUCCAUGCAUAUUGGGUCUUUGGUUCGAGUAAGUGGGAUUGUUACAAAGGUUAGUCAAGUGAAGCCAAGCAUCAAGGUUGCAACUUAUAUAUGUGAGAACUGCGGAGCCGAGACAUAUCAGCAGGUGGAUGGCGAUGUAUUUGAUCUCCUUGAGGAAUGUGGAAGCGAGAAGUGUAGAAUCAGAAAUGUCCGGGGAACUUUAAUUCUUGUAACCAGAGGAUCGAAGUUCAUCAAACAUCAAACUGUUUAUAUACAGGAGCUAACUGGGGACAUUCCACGCGGAUGUAUUCCAAGGACACUGGUGAUGGAAUGCUAUUCUUCCCUAGCAGAGAAAUGCAGGCCUGGGGAUGUAAUUGUGGCUGGAGGAGUAUUUAUGCCAAAGCCAUAUUAUGGGAUAAAGAAGCUGAAAGCUGGGCUACUUGCCGACAUUUAUCUUUAUACCACUAGCAUCGAAAGGAUUGGGACUAAGGCACUCAAUAUCAAUAAGGAAAUAAAAGAGUAUCCUGUGGAGCAAAUGGUAAGAUCGAUAGCACCAGAGAUUUUUGGAAUGGAAGACAUAAAGAAGAUUUUGCUUCUGAUGCUUGUAGGAGCACCUGGGAGAGUUCGCGAAGAUGGAAUGAAGAUAAGGGGAGACAUAAAUGUAUUGCUUGUAGGAGACCCGGGGAUUGCAAAGAGCCAGCUCUUGAAGACGUGUGUAAAGAUAAGCAGGAGGGGUGUGUAUACGACAGGAAAGGGGUCUAGUGGUGUCGGUCUUACAGCGAGUGUGACUAAGGACCAGAUAACUGGGGAGAUGAUUCUUGAAGGUGGGGCCUUGGUUCUUGCUGAUGGAGGGAUAUGCUGUAUAGACGAGUUGGAUAAAAUGAAUGAGGUGGAUAGGAUUAGCAUCCAUGAAGUUAUGGAACAGCAAAGCGUGUCUAUUAGCAAAGCAGGAAUUAAUACAAGUUUGAAUGCAAGGUGCUGUGUUCUUGGAGCAGCCAACCCCGUUCGGGGAAGGUAUGAUAUAAAGCAGAGUGUUGAACAUAAUAUCGGACUUCCAUGCGCUCUUCUUUCAAGAUUUGAUGUUGUUGCCAUUCUCCGGGAUGAACCCAAUCUGGAGAGGGAUGAAAGCCUUGCCAAUCACAUUACAUCUCUCCAUCUACAAGAAGAGCCUGAAUCGAUCCCUUAUGAUGAAAUCCGAGGGAUUAUCGACGAAGCAAAGAAAAUAGAUCCUAUACUCCCUUCUCAUCUUUCAAGUAGGCUGACGGAUGCAUAUGUAAAGGCUAGGAAGGAAAACCCUUAUGUAACGCCUAGAUAUCUUCUGUCACUCAUUAGGCUAAGUCUUGCACACUGUAGACUUCGGCUUUCUACAGAGGUGAGUGAAGAAGAUAUCAACGAAGCACUAAGGCUUAUGGAUGUGACAAGGAUUCCUCUUCCAAAGAAAAAGAAAGAAGAGGUAUCCAGUAAGAGGGAAAUAUACAAUCUCAUUCUUUCUCUUGCCAUCGAAGAAGGAAACAGAAAGUAUGUGAGACUGACACAUUUGUGGGAGGCCACAAAGAGCAAAUACAGUUCUAGCGAAGUUGAAGAUGUUAUCUCCGAUUUUGCCUCAUGUGGAAUCUGGAUCAGAAAUAAUGAAGAGCUGGUUAUUUUUAAUUAA